CGUCACCAAACCUGCUUGGAAAAGUUUCCACGCCACAAGAGAGCGCAAGCGAACGGACGCGAAGACGGCGACGGCGACGAGGCGCCUUCCCCUCCGCCUCCGGAUCUCUCCUCCGUCGGCGACGUUCUCCCCGAACCUGCCCCUGUGAAAGUUGGAGAAGACGAGCCUGCUCCAUCCUGGGAUAUAGUUCCUGAUCCGUUUCUGGAAGAUAUUACGGUGUUCCUUCAUUGCCAUUUGGGACAAUAUGGGUUGGCUGACCAAAAUAUUUAGAGGUUCAACCCACAACAUCUCUGAAGGGCAACAUCAGAGCAAGCCUGCAGAAGAGGCAACAUGGAACGAACCCUCCAGUUCCACUGUUGUGACUGAUGUCAUUUCGGAAUUUGACACUGAGGAUAUUGACCGUGCUAUAGCACUUUCUCUGUCAGAAGAGGAACACAGAAAGUCAAAGGGAGCAGGAAAGGAUCUGCAUUUAGAUGAGGAUGAAUUAUUUGCAAGAGCUAUUCAAGAAAGUUUGAAUGUUGAAUCACCCCCUCGUGCUCGGGAAAAUGGCUCACCCCCUCGUGCGCGUGAACACAGUUCACAACCUCGUCCUCGUGAAAAUGGAAGCUCCAACGGCGGCCAUUCAUUUCAACAAUUACCAUAUAUGUUUUCUUCUGGAUUCAGGACAUGUGCUGGAUGUCACAGUGAGAUAGGCCAUGGGCGUUUUCUUAGUUGCAUGGGGGCUGUUUGGCAUCCUGAAUGCUUUUGCUGCCAUGCUUGUAAUCUACCAAUAUAUGACUAUGAGUUUUCCAUGUCGGGAAAUCAUCCGUACCAUAAAACAUGCUACAAGGAGCGCUUUCACCCAAAAUGUGAUGUCUGCAAGCAAUUUAUUCCUACGAAUAUGAAUGGCCUUAUUGAAUAUAGGGCACAUCCGUUUUGGUUACAAAAAUACUGUCCAUCACAUGAAGUGGAUGGAACUCCAAGAUGUUGCAGUUGUGAAAGAAUGGAGCCAAGGGAAUCAAGAUAUGUACUGCUAGAUGAUGGUCGUAAGCUCUGUCUGGAGUGUCUCGACUCUGCAGUUAUGGAUACGAAUGAGUGCCAACCACUUUAUCUCGAAAUACAAGAAUUUUAUGAAGGCCUCAAUAUGAAAGUAGAACAACAGGUUCCUCUGCUUCUGGUAGAAAGGCAGGCUUUAAAUGAAGCCAUGGAAGGAGAGAAAGCUGGCCACCACCAUCUUCCUGAAACAAGAGGUCUGUGCUUAUCGGAAGAACAGACUGUCAGUACGAUAUUGAGGAGACCGAGAAUGGCGGGGAACAAAAUCAUGGAGAUGAUAACAGAGCCAUAUAGGUUGACACGGCGAUGUGAAGUCACUGCAAUUCUAAUUCUCUAUGGUCUCCCAAGAUUGUUGACAGGUUCCAUUUUAGCUCAUGAGAUGAUGCAUGCAUGGUUGCGACUUAAAGGAUACCGCACACUUAGUCCAGAUAUAGAAGAAGGCAUAUGCCAAGUUCUUGCUCACAUGUGGAUCGAGUCGGAGAUCAUGGGGGGGUCAGGCAUCAACGCAACAUCGACGUCGUCGUCCUCUUCAUCAUCCACAUCAUCGAAAAAAGGCGGGCGGUCACAGUUCGAGCGGAAACUCGGUGAUUUCUUUAAGCACCAAAUCGAAUCGGAUACCUCCAUGGCCUACGGGGACGGCUUCAGGGCCGGUAACCGGGUUGUUCUCCAGUACGGCCUCAAGCGCACCCUCGAGCACAUCCGGCUGACCGGGACCUUGCCAUUUUGAAAACACGAUUCACCUUAUUCACAAAGUUAUAUGCCGAUUUUUCAUCGAGAGUCCAUUGACAGGAGAAAAGGAAUUUUGAGAAGCACAAAUUGUGCAAAUAUGAUCUUUUCGGUUGCACUUUCUUGGAUAGGCCGGCUAAGUAAUAUUUGCAGAUCGGAACAAGUUGGCUAGCCUGAUCAAUACUGUGCACGAAGAUCAAAUCUUGGAAUGGAAACAAUGGUAUUUGUUAUGUGAUAUUGAAAUUAAUAAAGAAAAUACACAAUAUAGUUAGCCUAUGCACAU